UACAUUCCUGCGCGUAAUAUAUACAUUCUUUCUACCGCUAAUGGAUGACCUCGAUCGUUCUUUGGAAUCGGCCGACUUAUCGCCUAGCGAUACCGUUUUACUUGCGCGCGUUUCGUCGAGCCGGGAAAUCGUCAUCCUGUUCUCUCGAUAACAUUCAUCGUUACCGUUAAUUACGACAUAUGGCAAUAUACGUGGUCAAUUAUUUAGAAUAUCCAAGAGAUUUACAUACAUUUCUUCCUGUAUUCUCUCUUUUAUGAGAGAGAAUUAUCAUGAAUCAAGACGAAGUUGUGAAGAAUUUGCGAUCAUGUUUGAUAUCCUGCAAAGGUGGUAUCAGAUUAGAUAGUUUAAGAGAUGAUUAUCGUAUGGUCGCAGGAGAAUCGCUACCCUACAAGCAAUUUGGAUAUUCCUCUCUUGAAACUUUUGUACGUAAUAUACCGGAAGUUAUUGUAACAAAAAAAAAUGGGGAAUUGUAUGUGGAAGCUACACCUUCCAGGACAACAGCACAUCUUACGAAAUUGAUUUCACGACAAAAAACACGACGAAAAAUACGACCUCAAUCCAAAAAACGAAGUUCACCUCGAUAUACUACCAAAAGUUUUUUUCCUGGUGCUAGAAACAACAAUAAUUUUAAUAGCUAUCAACCUACAAGGAACAAUUACAUAAAUUCUCCUAGUUCCUUCACUAAAUCAACACCUGGAAAGAGUAAUUUGUAUACAGAUUUUAGCAGACCUAUUUUACCUCUCAUGGAAACUAUUGUACAGUGUCCGAUUAAUAAUGAGAAGCCAAAUUUUGCUCCGAGUACACCGCCUGUUUCUCCUCCUGUUAAAAGACUGACAGAUCCGAGUAUAGCGACUUUGAACCAAAGUGUUACUAAUUGUAAGACUAUCGAAGAUUUAAAUUGCAAAGUAUUAAAUGACAAGACAGCAGCAAUGCCUGUGAUAAAUUUUAAACCAAAGACUGCAGAGCUCAGACCCUCGAAACUGAGUGAGAGACUCAAAGUUUCUCCUCCUAAAAGUAUUCCUAUUAUGCCUAGAAUGCCUUCAUCACAGAUCGAUACCUAUAAUAACGGUCACGCGUUUUCGUCUAUCCCAUCGAAUUUUGAUAAAUCGCAAAUCAUGUCACCACAUCAGAUUUCCGAUCCAAGAGAUUUGCAAAUUUAUGCCGACACAAUGAAUCUAUCAUCACCAAUAUAUAAAAUGUAUUCCAAAAAGGAGAAAAAUUCUUCCAAGAUUACCAUUUAUGCCAGUGUGAAGGUUGAUACACAUACGUUUCACACGUACCCGGAAGACGCGGUUUCCGAGGAGGAAGCUGAGAAGAUCGCCGCACGCCUGGCUCUGGUGAAUCUCGCCAAAGAGUUGUCUAGCCCCGAGAUAACGACUGUCGACGAAAAAUUGGUGAUGGAGCGCAUUCUGAACAUUGUGACUAAGCAUCACAGUGGGGUCUUUAUGCAUCUACUACCCGAAUAUUAUUGUGAACAAUAUAAAGAGGCUCUGCCUCAUAACUGGCAGAGAAUUAUCGAGAAAUGCGCAAAUAUAAAUCAAGAAAAGGGUGUCGGCGAUUCGACGAUACUUUGCCAAGCUUCACCGACCUUGAAACAAUCAGGAAAUAAUUCCACCUUUAAGGAACUUGUUGCGAGUAACGUCCCUUCUUCUAAUGAAAAGGUACAAUUGAGUCCAAUCGGGCCUACUACGCCCGGCAAAUUUACGGUGCCCAAAACGCCCAUUUGGCAGGUGCACACUACUUGUGUCAUAAGCACCGUCGAAAUUUGGGUUCGUUUGUGUGAACAUAAUGAUAAUUUCGUGAAAAUGAGAAAAGAAAUGACAAACCAUUAUGAUAAGAAAAAAUCUGUCUCGAUCCCGUCGGUGGAAUGUAUCGUUGGAGAUUUUUACGCCGUUCUCGAGGACAACUAUUGGCAUCGAGUUCAAUGUAUAGAUUUCGAGACCGGACUCGCCACAGUUUUCUUUAUCGACGAGGGCUACGAUGAGCAGUAUAAACCUGAUGCGCUACAUUUUCUUGACAAGAAAUUCUGCAAGCUUUCAGCUCAAGCAACCAGAGUAGCUCUUGAUGGAUUAGAAGAGUUUUGCGAUUACAAUCAGUUUAUUACGGAAAUUGAGAAUCAUCUUUUAGUCGAGCAAAUGUUUUUAGUCAAGGUACUUGGCACGAAUGCCGACGAGUACGGCUCGUAUACGACGGUAACUUUUUAUGACAUCAGUAAAGAGAAAGAGAGCAUACAUGUAAAUGUGAAUCAAAUUCUAUUUGACAAGAUUUUAAGAGACAUUGCCGCCGCAUCCAAGAUACAAACGAACCAGUUAAUCGAAUUAUAUAUCACAUACAUAGACGAGUAUGGUAAAGUUUAUGCGCAGUUAAAUUCGUUUAUGAGAAAUCUGGUGAACAGUGAAACUUUAUCGCAAAUACUUGAAAGCAACAUGACGACCUCUUUGGCGAGGGAUCCGAUUCAGUUUACCAAAGUUUACUUUGCAAGAUUGGACUCACAGUGGUAUAGAGCACGAGUGAAGGACAUACCUACGGAUAAGGUAACAGUGUUUCUAUUCGACAUCGGUAAAACUGUCACGAUAUCGAGAAAAGAUCUGUUUCACACGAGCGAGUCAAAUGCUCUGAAUUGCAUUCCGCCGCAGGCCAUGCAGAUUUUUCUGCACCACCUCGAUCAAUCGAAGUACAACGGAAGUCUCGUGACGAGAUUCCGCGAACUGGUGUCAAACACGGAUCUGCUUCCGGCACGUAUCAUCAAAAUCAGCCCCUCUGGAAUUCCAAUAGUGGAGAUUUUCAAAAGAAUUGGACCGAAUAAUAUGAUGGUUUCUAUAAAUACAUCAUUGAUUUAUGAAAGUGAACUAUCAAAAGUUAAUGAAGAUGGCAACAACAAUAUUAAAUCAUCAAAGAAACGUUUGGAACGUAGAAAUUCUCGCGCUUUUGAGUCUGUUAGUAAAUUAGAUCCACCCACCAUCUCGGAUAUUGGCCAAUAUUUCGACGUUCACGUGACAUUAGCCGCGCAUCCAGGACAUUUUAUUGUGCAACCGUUGAACGAUGCGAGCAAGUUGAAGACGAUGAUGAUCGAUCUGCAAAAAUAUUGCGAUAAGUACGACGGUCCGCCAUUGGAAACCGUCGGCGAGGGCAAGCUAUAUGCAGGCAAAUUUCGAGAUUAUUGGUAUAGAGUGUACGUCACUAAUAUUAUUAGCGAUAAUGAGGUAUCCGUAUAUUUAUGCGACUAUGGAGAUGUAACGAUAGUAUCGCGCAGUAGUUUGCAACCGUUGAAGAGUGAUUUCAUGAAGCUACCGUAUCAAGCUGUGAAAGCUAAACUUGUCGGAAUCGAGCCGACGAACAUGGACUGGACGGUAAACGAUUGUAUCAAGUUUAAGGAUUUAGUGCUUAAUAAAAAUUUUGUCUCAAUAGUCGUCGAGUCGGUAGUUGAUCACUUGUCGCUGGCCAAUGGUACUGUCCUGGGCUUAAGAUUAAUCGACGUUAGUACUGAAGAAGACAUAUUAAUCGAUAAUUUAUUAGUGGAGGAAAAGCGUGCCAAAUUUAUUGAGAAAUCCAAAAAGUAAUUUGUAUCUAAUUAGCUUGUUAUAGUGAUUAAUGGAUGGAGAAACAUGUUAUUUUCCUUA